AAAAAAAAAAAAAAUAAAUAAAAAAUAAAAAAAAAAAUAAAAAAUAAAAAAGCAAGGCAGUCGCUUCAGUGCCCUAAAUAGGCUGCAUUAUGAUGCCCAUGCCAUGGCUCGAGCUGGGCGACUGUCAUUCCACUUCUACACAUUUGCCACGGGCUGCUUGUUUUUUUUUUUUUUCUUAAGAGGCAGCUCGACUGAGAUUGUAUUUUUGAUUUCAUGUCGAUCCACGUUCCUUCUCAUUCUCGACCAUUGGGUGGUACUCAUAUCAGUGUGGGCAGAGGAAGUCCGUCCCGUAUACUUGAGCCCUUUUAAGCCCCAAGAAUCUUUGUCUGAGAAAUGGGGUGCGGGGGCCUUGAUACUGAGGGACAAACAGCAUAUUGGCUCGCUUUCCUGCAUGAAAUAUCUAUCUCAAAUGUUUAGAGCCCAAUCAUUUUUUAGAAAAGUGGCUAUGCCCACCCAGAUUACCGGGACUUCCGACAGACUGGGUCCAGAUUGUAUUCUGUACGAGGGAUAACACAGCGGAGACAGAGUCCGGCACUUGUCAAACCUGAUCCCCCCUUUUUUUCCAUUACAGCAUUCUUGUUCAACCCACCAGCUUUAUGUCCUCAAGUUCUUGAAAGACUGUCCCACCCUCUUCCAUAAGGGUUUUGCAGCAUAAACACGAGGACAGCUUCAACAGACAUCGUACAGCUGAGAUCUAGAUACACGUAGCCACCUUUCUUCAGAUCACCGGUGAGGAUGGAGGAUGAUCUUCAGACCGUCGAGCUCAGCGAUGAAUUCCUAGAGACGAUCUAUCUCCAUGGCAGAGUUUACCAGCGCUAUGCCAUUGAGAAUGGUGCUUAUUUUGGACCCGUUGACGAGGACGAAGUGGAACGCCUCCAUAUAAUGCAUCAAGUCUUCACACAGCUCUUUGACAGGAGAUCAAUCUUUCCACCAAUACGAAGACCAAAGAGGAUCCUCGACUGUGGCUUUGGGACAGCUUCAUGGGCGAUCGAGGUCGCGGAUCAACAUCCCAAAUGCGAGGUGGUCGGAGUUGACAUCAACCCGAUGAUGAUCCCCGAGGCGCUCCCCGGAAACUUGGAUCUCCAGGUUGACGAUUUGAACCGGCCAUUUACUUUUGCUUCAGACUCGUUUGAUCUCGUCCACAGUCGAAUGGUUGCCGGUGGGAUCCACGCAGACAGGUGGGAAGGAUAUUUGGAAGAUAUUUAUCGAGUCCUGGUACCGGGAGGCUGGUGUCAGAUGGUAGAGAUGAGCUUCAUCUCGCAGUCUGACAAUGGAACCUUGACCGAAUACCACGCUCUCAGCCAGUGGUCGGAAAAAUACCGGCAGAGUCAGAGCCCUUACAAGGACCCAGACGCGGCAAUUCGGCUGGCGACGCUAAUGUCGAGCGCGGGAUUGGUUGACGUGGAGGCCAGGGACAUGCCGCUACCGAUGAGCGCCUGGUCUAAUAAUUCCAGGGAGCGCAGCAUAGGGGCCGCUAACCGAGACAAUGUGCACAAGCUCCUGGCGUCCCUGGCUACUUAUCCCUUCGCGCAGGGUCUGGGGAUGUCGCUCAAGGAUAUUCACUUGCUGGUGGCACAGGCUCGGAAUGAAGCCGAAAAUCCUGCUUACAAGGCUUAUUUUCGACUAUAUGUUUGCAUCGGCAGAAAGCCCCGGUGAGCAUCUGCAGAUAAUGAGCCAGCAUCUGGUACGGGGGCUCAGCAGUCCUGCCCGGCAAAGGCAUGAAGACUAAGAGAGACAAGCCCCCCCCUGAAAAAAAAAGUCGUGCUCUGACGCGUACCUGAAAAAAAAAACUGCGUGCUGUAAGAGCUAGCUAGUUAAAUUGCCCGCGUCGCAAGUGGAUUUUGUUGCAUCUCCUAGACUUUAGUCGCGGGAAUUCGAUUGGGAUUGGAGAUAACGUGAUUUUGACGAACCAAACCAAGACUAAUUAAUUUCCAAAAAUAUCAUUGUACCUUCUUUGGCGUUCGGAGAGUCCUUGGAGGAGCUUUUCCCACAGAGGCUUUCGGCGCCCACAUCCAAGCUUCAUAACGGUCUUGGCCGAUUUCCAGAGAAUCAUGAUGUGGUUGAUCGCAGGACCGUUUUAAAAUUGGCCAUGUUCUGGACCACCAACCACAAAAUGCAAUGUUGCUCCAACGAUACCCUUCUACUGUCCUCCAAGCCCCAACACUAGACAUAUUCUAGACUACCUAGGCCUCUACGGUAGGUCUAGGAUGUAGCUCAGAGUCAGAGCCAUAAUCGCCGAGAGACAUUCAGUCUACAACGGGUCUUGGCGUGGAGUUCUUUCAGGGAGGCAUACCGACAGUGGCCCAGGCCGUCAACCCAGACCAGCAAAAGUCCGAAGCUGGCAGACAUCGGUAUAGGUGAUCCGGGGUCAAUGAUUCAAUAGGUAAUUUCACCGCGGAGCAGUCCGGUGGUUGGUUAGCGCCUGUUUCGCGUUGGUGACGAUGCUUAUGUCUUUGACUUGGCGGUCUUAGGGGCACCGAGCCCCAUUUCGACCCUGGCGAGUUUCAGAGCAAGAAUAGAAAACCGACUAUGGAAUGUUGAACCAGGACGGCAUUCGGCCAGCCUGACCUACCUAAAUGCCCUAAGGGAAAAAGAAAUAGACAAAAAGCCAGGCCCCUGGACCAUACGUAAGCCCAGCCCCAGCUGGAAGGACUGAACCAGCGGACGUUGAGAGCU